AUGGGUCACUUGAAGCAACUUCAUGAGAUUCUGAAAUCCAUGGAGUAUACUCUCACCCAUGGCAAUAUUACCACCAUCGAUUUUGGAAACUCUGUUUCAGCCGCUAUGUAUGCAGCAAAUGAUUCAGCAAGCUACUUUUUUGGCAAUGCAAAUUCCACCACUGAUCAUACAAUCACUUUCCAAGGAAACAAAUACAUUCCUGCUUGGUCUGUUAGCAUUCUUCCCGAUUGCAAAACUGAAGGAUAUAACAUUGCAAAGAUGAACACCCAAACAUCAGUUAAGGUGAAAAUGGUGAACAAGGCUGAGGAUGAACCUGAAUCUCUUGGCUGGCUGUGGAGGCCUGAAAGCAUUGAUGACACAAGACUUCAUGGAAGGGGAGAAGUUACUGCAAAUAAACUUCAUGGUAUCAGAGUGGGUUAG